AUGAAGGCCUUUACUGCCUCCGCCCUGGCUGCGGCUCUCUAUGCGGCGACGGCGUCUGCCGACCCCGUCCAGGCGUGCCCCAACGACGUCUGCUUCAAGGUCGCGGUCCCCCAGGCCGCCGCCAGCUCUGGCUCCGGCAACCUGUAUUUCCAGAUGUCCGCCCCGACCAGCUACCAGUGGGUCGCCCUCGGCACCGGCUCGACCAUGUCCAACUCCAACAUGUUCGUCAUGUACACCGACGGCGCCGGCAACGUGACCAUCAGCCCCCGUACCGCGCGCGGCCAUAACAUGCCCACCGUCUCCGACAACGGCGCGGCCCUCACCCUCCUCGGGGGCUCUGGCGUCUCGAACGGCAAGAUGGUCGCCAACGUCCUCUGCACCAACUGCGCGUCUUGGAGCGGCGGUUCCAUGUCCCUCAACUCGGCCAGCACCAACUGGAUCGCAGCCUGGAAGUCCGGCAGCGCCAUCAACUCGGCCAGCAACAGCCAGAGCAUCCAGCAGCACGACGACCACUCGAGCUUCACCCUCGACCUCACCUCGGCGACCGUCUCGUCCGACAGCAACCCGUUCGCCGGGGCCUCGACUGGCGGCAAUGGAAGUGGCAGCGGAAGCAGCGGCGGCGGCUCUACCAGUGGUGGCAGCGGCGUUGUAUUUAACGGUGGUGGUGGCAAGUCCGCCAUCCUCCUCGCUCACGGCGUUAUAAUGUCGAUCGUCUUUGUUGCCUUGUACCCUCUCGGCGCCAUGCUCAUGCCUCUGGUUGGCAAGUGGAUGGCACACGCUGUCUGGCAGUCCGUCGCCUUCGCCCUGAUGUGGGUUGGCUUCGGCACUGGUUAUGCCUAUGCCCGCGACAACGACUAUUUGUUCAAUAACACCCACACCCUCCUUGGUACUGCUGUCACCGCACUGCUGGCCAUUCAACCGUUCCUCGGCUACGCCCACCACGCCUACUACAAGAAGUUCCAGGGCCGCGGCAUCAUCAGCCACGUCCACAUCUGGUACGGCAGAGCCCUGAUGAUCCUCGGCAUCAUCAACGGCGGCCUCGGUCUCCAGCUCGCCAACACGCCCACCCGAUAUGUCGUCGCCUACUCGGUCCCCGCAGCCAUCCUGGGCGUCAUGUGGCUCGGCGCCGGAGUCUGGGGCGAGAUGCGCAGGACUCCUCGCAUGAAGCAGGAGCACAGCCACGAGUCGUCCGAGUCGCAGCAGCGCAUCCCCUACCGCCAAAAGAAAUAG